AUGACAUCACAAGCAGCACAAACGGAGGUGGACGACCCGCUCUACAACUUGCGCCUGUCCAUCAAAGCCUCAGCGACACCCAUUCUUAGCACAAGCGCCGAACCCACACCGGCCGACUACCUCGAUGACCUGGCACGAGCGACACACAUCACAUUCAAUGUCGACGAUGCGCAUCGAACCUUUGACCUCACAACAGACACGCGCUUUGCGCCAGACAGCAAGCCAAUCGACUUGCGCAGCUGUUACUUUGCCUGGGUCAACAAAGAUGCCUCUGUUACCGACUACUUUGCCGCCGUAACGACGCUGAAUGAGGAGCUGCCAGGUGGCGCGGGCGGAAGCGUACAGAACUUGACGUUCGCGCAGAAGAUCGAGCUGAUUGCGUGGCUGAGUGGGGAGACAGAGAGCAGUGAUAGCAUCGCAUCAAUUGACAGCGGCACCGCGACAGCAGCAGCGGGCGAUGCGGCAGCGAUUGCGGGCGGAAAGGGCGUACCGGUGGAUCGCAACAUGAAAAGCACACAAGGUGGCAUGGUAGACGCGCGACUCCUCCAGAUCUACGACGGCGAGAGAAAUAUGGGUGACCACAACACCAUCUUACGCGGGAACAAGCCUAUUGACUUCUCCCUCUAUCGUAAAACUGCCGCCUCGUUCUUCCGUUCGCGCCCCGAUUCGCACAAACCCAGCGCCCCGCAACCUGCGCUCGUAUCGAACCUUACAAAGAAGCCACACCAGAAGGUGCAGCCUAUCAUCCUACUCUCGCCAUCUGCCUCGUCCCUCCUGCGCACUUCCAACAUAAAGUCCUUCCUCGACGACGGCAUCUUCAUUCCUCCUAAUGCCGCCGACACGACCUCGGCAAACAUGAUCCAGAUCCGUCGACCGAUGCCUUCCAUCUCCUCGCAGCCCAUAACCUUCAUCCUAGUCGACAGCACUACCUCUUUCAAGCCAACCUACUGGCAGCGCGUCGUCGCCGUUUUCACUACAGGUCAGACCUGGCAGUUCAAAUCGUACAAGUACCCGAACCCGGCCGAGCUGUUCAGCCACUACCCAGGUAUCUACGUGGGGUGGCAGGGCGAGGAGACGCCUGAAGGAAUCCAGAAUUUGGGGAGAGGCGUAUUGAGCGCCAAGGUGGACAAGUGGACGGGCAGCGAGAAGGGGCGGUGGAGGGACAGGGAGGUUGUGGAGAGGAUUUGGGGCCGUAUUGAGGAGGGCAUGAGGCGGGCUGGGUGGACGAGGGAGGGGCCUGGGUUGGCGGGUCAGCAGCCUGGACGGUAG